AUGACCCCGGAAGAACUUGCCAGAUCCCACGCAGAGGAAUCUGCUUCCGGGCCAGAAGAUCCAGCCAGCGAGAUGGGGAAGAUGGCUGCAGCUGUGAGUUCUGUGGCGACGCUGGCUACUGAGCCUGGGGAGGACGCCUUUCGGAAACUUUUCCGUUUCUACCGGCAGAGCCGGCUUGGGACUGCAGACCUAGGAGGAGUCGUCGACUUCUCGGCGGCUCACGCAGGCUGCAGCACGGCUCCUGGGUCCCAAAAGGUGGUCAGAUCUCAGUUAAAUGUGUCCUCCGUCAGUGAGCAUGAUGCACAUCGAGCAGGGCUUAAGCCAGUCAGCAAGUGGCAAGCCUAUGGACUCAAAGACUAUCCUGGAUUUAUUUUUAUCCCCAACCCCUUCCUCCCAGGAUAUCAGUGGCACUGGGUGAAGCAGUGCCUUAAGUUAUACUCCCAGAAACCCAAUGUAUGUAACCUGGACAAGCACAUGACUAAAGAAGAGCCUCAAGACCUGUGGGAACAGAGCAAAGAGUUCCUACGGUGUAAAGAAGUGAAUAAACGGAGACCCCGAAGUUUACUAGAGAAACUGCGCUGGGUGACCUUAGGCUACCAUUAUGACUGGGACAGUAAGAAGUACUCAGCAGAUCAUUAUACACCUUUCCCUUCUGACCUGGCUUUCCUCUCAGAGCAAGUUGCUGCUGCCUGUGGGUUUCAGGGCUUCCGAGCCGAAGCAGGCAUCCUGAAUUACUACUACUUAGACUCCACACUGGGCAUCCAUGUAGACAGAUCUGAACUAGAUCACUCCAGACCCCUGUUAUCAUUCAGCUUCGGACAGUCUGCCAUCUUCCUCUUGGGUGGCAUCAAAAGAGAUGAGGCCCCCACAGCCAUGUUUAUGCACAGUGGUGACAUUAUGGUAAUGUCGGGUUUCAGCCGCCUAUUGAACCAUGCUGUUCCUCGAAUCCUUCCAAAUCCUGAGGGAGAAGGUCUGCCUCACUGCCUGGAGACGCCCCUCCCAGCUGUCCUCCCCAAAGAUGCAGUGGUACAGCCCUGUUCUGUGGAGGAUUGGCAGGUGUGUGCCAGCUACUUGAGGACUGCUCGUGUUAACAUGACUGUCCGGCAGGUACUGGCCACAGACCAGGACUUUCCUUUGGAACCCAUGGAGGAGCAAAAAAGAGACGUCACCACAGAAGAUUUUUGCCAUCCUGAUGACCAGAAUAGCCAAGUAAAACGGGCCAGGUUAAACCUUGACAGCUGAGACUUGAAGGUCCCUUUCUGUUGCUCAGUCAGGUCUUUUAAGCACCAUGGACUCUCAUACCAACAUGAGCCCAAACCAGACAGGGAAGAGCUCAUGAUGGUCACACUGUUGCCUUGAAACCCAUCCUAGAGACCAGACUGAUCAGCAAAGCAUUUGACAUGGUCACAUGCUAUUUAGAUUACUGGCAAUAGUAUGUAAUCAUAUCAAAGAGGAAGGACACAUUCCUCUCAGCCUCUGCCAUCAUAGCUGAGGAAGGUAGCCAGGCAUUUUACAUGUCUGUGGAGUCUAAAUACCUCAGGUUUUAUUAAUGGCAAUAUGUUAUCCACUCUGGCCACCCCACUACAGCUGGCAAUUUGUGGAAAAAUUGUGAUUCCAUGAAGCAGCCAUUAGAAUCAACUCUCUGUCAUCAUCAAAUUCUUUCAUCUUUUCUUGCAUCUUCUCUGGUUGUGCAGAUGAAUUUUAUGCACAUGAAGACAACGGGACUGGAAAUCUUGUUGCCUAAUCAAAGACAUUAUUUUUGCCCUAAAGAUAAAUAUAUGAAGAAAGUGAACAGUAGUACUUUCUCAACUAUUUAAGUCUCCAAACUCUCCCAGUUGGUUUUUCAAAGCAGUUUUCAUUUUUGGACUAAAAAUGUCCCAAGGGUGUUCUGUUACUGUUUUCUCCAUGAAUAAACUUACUUGGUUUUAAAUUAAA